GGAAGGUAUUUAGAUGAAGGACAGUGAUAAUCGCAGCAGAGUAAAGAAAAGGCGCUUUCUGACAGAUGUGCCGAAGCCGCAUUUUUCCAUUUUUGGAUGUGAGCGAGCUCCGCCCAUGCGGUGACACCUCAACCGUCCACUCGUGUGACAAUCACUCAUUCCGAUGGCAAGGCUAAACACGGACGAUCUCCCGCCCCCUUACUACUCUGUCGCUGUGCACACUCAGCCCCCCCUCAAGUCUUAUGAAGAGGUUGUGUAUGGCGUGGCGCCAGGCCCCACCCCUGCCAACCAGCCUCACUACAUCCCUCAGUACGCACCACCUGUGGCCGCUCCCCAAGUAACCCAAUUAAGUUCACCCCCCAGGAGCAGAAAAAGAGGAUGCUGUAAGAAGGAUGCGCAGUGUUACGGAGGCUCAGGCGCUGCCUUUAUUCUCAUCGCCCUCUUGGCUGUUGCCGUAUGGAUCGGAGUCAAAUAUGGCACCAGGGUGUUUACGCAAGACCUUAACAACUUCGAUGACGACGACGAUCAGCAAGAUGUAGACUUCGAUGAUAACCAGUCUGUAUUGAUACGUGACACCUGCCCCGAUAAUGCAACAAACUGUGAUGGGAUCAACGACUGCGAGCUGGGCUCCGAUGAAAUGAACUGUGUGAGGCUUGCGAUUAGUAAUCGUCUGGAAGUCAGAACCGCCGAGGACGGCCGCUUUCUUCCCGUCUGCUUCAAUGGUUGGGACCAGAACAUUGCUGACCGAACGUGCACCCAACUUGGGUUUCCAAAAUCUUACAGCUAUACAAAUAUCACAACCCGUGACUCCAUUGGACUAACAUUGACGAACAGCGUGUCCGAAUCCAUCCAAAGUCAAGUUGAAGUCAGUUCUUCUUGUCCAGAUCAGAGUGCAGUCUCCCUACAGUGCGUUGAUUGUGGUAAGCAGCAGUCUACAUCUCGCAUCGUAGGGGGCACCGUUGCAGAGAGGGGUCAGUGGCCGUGGCAGUUAACGCUGCACUUUCGAGGGUCCCACGUGUGCGGAGGGGUCCUGAUCGCUCCGGAUUUUGUGCUAACCGCCGCUCACUGCUUCCCAAGGAACAACCCCGCAUCGCUCUGGCCACAGCUCUGGAAAGUGUAUGCAGGUGUGACGUCUCUGGACGAUUUAACUCCGGCCUUGGCGGUGGAGAAGAUCAUCCUCAAUGAGAAUUACGACGACCUGACCAACGAUCAAGACAUAGCUCUGCUCAAACUUGCAACUGAGGUCGAGUUUAACGAUGAUAUUCACCCGGCGUGCCUGCCACUUACCGCACAGCGGUUCCGCUCUGGCACUGCCUGUUGGACGUCGGGCUUUGGUACCACUAUGGCAGGAUCGGGCGUAGUGUCCAACGAGCUGAUGGAGGUUACGGUUGACCUCAUUAGCAUGCCAGAGUGCAACAACCCUUUGGUGUAUGGAGGCGCUGUGUCAAAUAACAUGAUCUGUGCCGGACACUUGGAGGGAGGCAGAGAUUCCUGUCAGGGCGACAGCGGUGGACCGCUGGUGUGUCAGAAGGAUGAUAUGUGGUACCUGGUGGGUAUCACCAGCUGGGGGGCCGGGUGCGCCGAGGAAAACAAGCCGGGUGUUUACACCAGGGUGAGCCGUUUUCUCCCCUGGAUCUACACCAACAUGCAGUACCUAAGACUGUAAUGCCACCUUUCUACCUCAUCUUCCUCCGUUGAGCACUGCACGGUGAAGGAGUCUUUUUAAACGAGCAUGGAUGAUCACUUUGUGUACAGCAGAAAAUGGAUGGACAGAUUUAACGUUGUAUGGAGCGGCGGGGUUGAGGCGCCAUCGCAAUAUCGAACAUCGUGUUUACUGCCGUGUGACUGUUCCCCCACUUGAUGCACUUAUGACUUGUCUUGCAUUCCUUCACUACUUCUGCCUUUUGUGUACACACUGUCACCGGGGAUUUUCUUUUCAUCUAAAUAUUUUCCACAUACGGCGGAGUCAGUUGGACGCCCUUGAUCAAUUGAGAUGAUGAGAAAUAGAAAGGCUGCUUUGAGUUUAGAACUUGAAAGCAGGUUUUUUUUUUAAAUUAUUUUAAUUGGGUUUUGCUGUGGCUUCAAAAUUACAACAGUCAAAUGCUUUCGGUGAGGUGUUCUUGCGCUCCACUUCGGCUCUCCAUUACUCCAGUUGGUCGCAUUGGGGUUAACCUGAAUAAUGAACAACCAGAGGCGGGUCAGAGAGGAGGUGCUCCGGCAAAAUCUUUGGAUUGGCCGCCACCAGCACGUUCAGCAAAUGAGCAAUCCAGCAGAUGGUGCCACAGGACCAACAUCUUGAAAAGUAAAUGGGGGGGGGGGGGGAAGGAUGAGCUGGCCCAUAAGACUUUGGCACAAUGUGAUGUGGCAUAGAAUGCAAGAUGUUGUGGCCAGCCUUUCAAUCAAAUCUUGAUUAAUGGCGAGCGACUGGGAAAGCUGAGUUGAUGCUAGCGAGUUGCUGAAUUGCUUUGUCCACUGUGUAUUGCAUGCUCGUAUUCGGGAUGGCAAGCGCUGGGGCAGCAGGUGCGCCACCACGCAAGCCCAAACGCAAGAUCGAGCAUCUAAAUUAUGCACAAGUCGCUUUUAUCUACACACACACACACCUCGUUUCUCUCCCCACCAUCAACAAACAGAUACACCAUACAGAAGGCAAAGGACUUGCGUAUUGUGCCAAAACUAGAUGAACUGAUUGCUAAAUCUUAUUUAAAGCAUCAGCAUUCUUUUCUUUUGUUGUCAUAAAUACAUUAGGAUCCAGCUUUUAGGGUUAUGACUAUUAAAAAGCAACUUAGACCAUUUCUCAACAUGCAGAAAUGGUGUAAGUCAACCUUCUGAAAGCAAAGAGGGGUGAGGAGGGGGGGUGAGCGAGUGACUCAGCAGAAGUGACAUAGUCAAGCUAAUUGAUAAGAAGCACCGGUGGACCUUGUUCAAGGUCUUCAGCUGUAAUGGAGUGAUUCUCAUAUAGCGAGCCGACCAAUGAAAAUUUAAUUCGACGCCCGGCGUGAAUGACUGUUUUUCAUUUUGAAGCCAACCCAACAUUUUUUUUUUGCAAUUGUCAACGCUUAUAUUUAUGCAGCUAACAAAGCUAGCGUGCACUGUAAUGAGACUCAACUUGCAUUGUAUUUGUAUACAAAUAAACUUCUGAUUUUAAAUUUCA